UAUAGGCCACGGGUUAUGCAUCAAUUUUUGUGUUCAAGUGACACAGCAGAUAUUGUUGAACAUGCUGUGGAUGAGGUGGAAGAUGCUUACUCACCACAUGAGUCUGAGGAAGAGCUGUCUUCUGAUGGGGAGGAAUUUCCUGAUGAUACAGUUGUAUUAGAAAUCAACAACUUGACUACAGUCUCCCCGCCUCAAUCGAAUCCCAAGAAUAGGCGAAGAAAAUUCACAAGAUUAUACUGGGAACAUAUUCAUAGCAGAGAUGAAGCACCUACAGUUCCCAUAUAUGAUGUCAGCGACCGCAGUGAGAUUGAAGAGGGUAUAUCUCUUCCAGUAAAUCUGUUCAGGAGAUUUUUCUCAGAUGAGCUCUUGGAUAUGGUUGUUCAGCAGUCUAAUCUAUAUGCAGUUCAACAAAAUACUAACAAACCACUUAGAGGUACCUAAGAGGAAGCAAAUGUCCCUGUGUGAAUUCAAGCUCAAACUUGCAGAUUCUCUUUUGUCGACCGUCGAGUAAUGUAACAAAUGCUGCAUACAUUACCAAGAAAAAAACUGGGAGAGCAACUAAGCCUAUUCCUGACAAAGACCUAAGACUGAAUAUGGUUGGGCACUUCCCUAG